UUUAUUUGAAUUGACAUUCUCUUUUGUUGACCUAACUCUUCCCCUUUAAAUUUCAACAAACCCCUUGUUAGGUUUUCCAAGCUUCUCCACCUUUCUACAUCUCUCAUUUCUGUCGGGUCGGUCGAUACCACUCCUUCCCCUUCAGGUGAAUUGUCUGCAUCCUAAUGUUACUAAAUCAAACCAAUCACUUCCUUGGAAAGUAAAAGCAAGUUUGUUUGGUUGGUGUCAUCCCCUUUUAACUUUUUUCCUCUGAGUCAGUGCUAGUCCCCUGUUACAAUGGGAACACCAGAGACCUCUCGUGAGCCUUGCCCUGACCGUAUACUUGAUGAUGUUGGCGGUGCAUUUGGUAUGGGUGCUGUUGGAGGUUCAGCUUUCCACUUCUUAAAGGGCAUAUACAACUCACCAAAAGGUGAGCGCUUGAUUGGUGGUACGCAGGCAGUGCGCAUGAAUGCUCCUCGUAUUGGUGGUAGUUUUGCUGUGUGGGGUGGACUAUUCUCCACAUUUGAUUGUACAAUGGUUUAUCUCCGGCAGAAAGAAGAUCCUUGGAACUCAAUCAUUGCUGGUGCAGCAACUGGUGGCUUUCUACAGAUGCGACAGGGAUUAGGUGCUGCUUCUAGAUCAGCAGUGUUUGGUGGAGUGUUACUCGCAUUGAUAGAGGGAGCUGGAAUCAUGUUAAAUAAAGUCAUGAGUGCUCCCCAGAAUUUCCCACCCAUGGAGGAGCCACUGCCGAAUGUCCCUGGUGUGCCUGGAUAUCCACCUGGGCAGCUGCCUGGUCAACCUAUGGGGCAGCUUCCUGGUCAAGCUCCCGCAAGUAUCGAUGGUAUGAUGACAGAAUCUUCAGCACCAUCCUCUUCUGCCUCAACUUCCUGGUUUGGGGGACUUUUUGGUGGUGGAAAGAAGGAGGAGACAACGACAAGCAGCGGUAGCAAGACACAGGUUUUAGAGAGCUUUGAUGCUCCUAGCCCACCUACCUUUGAAUAUAAAUGAGUUUACAGAUGAUUUAAUUUUCAGGGGGGAGCAUUUUGGUGGUCAGUACACUCGUCAGGGUUCUUGAUCCAUUCCAAUUUUGAGGCUAGUAAAAGGCUUAUUAUGGAUCUUAAUGACAGAGUGGGCAUAUUGGGUGAUCUACAUUACUUGACAUAGGUUUAGUGGUAUUAACUUUUGGUUAUUGUAUGAUCAGUUUGUCACUUUUGUUCCAUCCUGAAUGAUAAAUAGAUGGAAAAAUAAUAUAGCCAUGUCUUUGGUUGUACUUGGAAAUUCUUGCUUUGGGCAAAAAUAAUUGGGCAGCAUAUCUUUCUCUCAAA